UUUUAAAAACUACGUUAGGCUUCAUCGAGAUUAAAGUCGACGGGGUAUUUCGGAAUUUUAUUGAAAUUUAAUUUUUACCUUGUUCAAGUAGAGUCAAUAAAUCAAGAUGGGGAAGAGACAACAUCAGUCAGACAAGAUGUAUCUGACUUCCAAGGAGUGGUCAGCAUUCUACGGUGGCAAGAAAACUGAAUCACAGAAAUCUGAGUUUCGUAGAUUACCAUUUGAUCAUUGCAGUCUAUCCCUUCAGCCUUUUGAGCACCCCUACUGUACUUCAGAUGGUAUUAUCUUUGAUCUGAUGAGUAUUGUGCCAUUCAUCAAGAAGUACAAGACCAACCCCAUCACAGGGCAGGCCCUUGAUGCUAAGUCACUGAUCAAGCUUCAUUUCCACAAGAACACUGACGGGAAGUAUCACUGCCCUGUGACUUUCAAGGUGUUCAACCAGAAUACUCAUAUCGUCGCUGUGAAAACAACAGGCAAUGUGUAUUGUUUCGAAGCUAUUGAGCAGCUUAAUAUCAAGGCCAAGAACUGGAAGGAUUUGCUGACCGAUGAACCUUUCAAACGAUCAGAUAUCAUCACCAUACAAGACCCAAGCCAGCUGGAUAAGUUCAACAUCUCUACCUUCCAUCACAUCAAAAACAAUCUCAAAGUUGAAGAUGCAGCUGAGAUUCAAGCUAGGAAAGACCCAAAGUAUACCCUCAACAAGACAAAUGUGGAGACAGAGGACAUCUUGGGAACACUCUACAAAGAAUACCAGCCUACAGAAGAGAAAGAAGAAAAGAAACAGAAAGCAGAUAAGAUCAAUUCUGCACACUUCAGUACAGGUAGAGUGGCAGCUGGGUUCACCUCGACAGUUAUGGCCCCUCAAACCGUGCAUGAAGCAGCUGUAAUUGACGAAGACAUCAUACGGUAUGAGCGGGUGAAGAAGAAAGGCUAUGUUAGGAUGAAUACCAACAAAGGGACACUCAACAUUGAACUCAGGUGUGAUCUGGUACCAAAGACAUGUGAAAACUUCAUUCAGCUGUGUGCAAAAGGUUACUACAAUGGCACCAAAUUUCAUAGGUCAAUCAAGAACUUCAUGAUCCAAGGUGGAGAUCCAACAGGUACCGGAACUGGUGGUGAGUCAAUAUGGGGGAAACCGUUCAAAGAUGAGUUCAAGCCUAAUCUAAGCCACACAGGAAGGGGUGUACUUAGUAUGGCCAACUCUGGUCCAGACACCAACAAGUCACAAUUCUUCUUCACAUUCAGAUCAUGCAAAUACUUGGAUGAAAAGCACACCAUAUUUGGAAGCGUUGUUGGUGGUCUGGAUACAUUGACUGCCAUGGAGAAGGUGGAGACUGAUAAGAAAGACAGACCAGUGAAGGAUAUUAUCAUCCAAGAUACUGUCAUCUUUGUCAAUCCGUACGAAGAGGUCGAUAAAGAGAUUGCCGAGGAGAGAUUAAAACUGAAAGAAGAAGAAGAGACAAGAGAAAAGAAACCUUCCCAGUCUACAGCAAUAAUACCAGGAACGACAGACAAACCUCGGGUUUAUAGACCGGGGGUUGGCAAGUACCUGGCCCAAUUAUCAACGGAUACUCCUGACAGACCUUCCUCAAGUUCAACUUCAGACCAACCAAGUAGCAGUGGAGUUACAAAGAGACCAGUUGAAGCAGAUAGCAGUAACCAAGGCAACAAGAAAAAGGUCAAAAGUUCAAUGAAUUUGAGUGACUUCAGUGCUUGGUGAUUAGACCCAUAAAAGCCAUAAUACUCUUCUGGAAAGAGACCAUGUUAUGCAAAAUAUAUGAUCUCUAUAUAUUAGAGAUUUCGUCAUUGAUUGGAUGAAAUGUCAUUGUUGAGGGCCUUAUUUUUUCAUGGGGGCCUCGGCAUGGUGUUAUAGGCUGAAAGAUUGUUAUACUGUAGCAAAUCAUGUGAUCGUUCCUUUACAUAGAAAAUAGCCCAUAUGAUGAAAAAGGUAUCAAGAUGGAGCAGUGUUACCAAUCUUACAAAUUUGUAAAAGCAAAUGAAAAUUGUCUAGAUGACAAUCAGCUAUCACCCAAUCACAUUUCAGUGGCCUUUAACAGGAAGUAUAAUUGUGAGAUUGAUGAAAUGAGACCCUAUGCAAUCAUCAGGGUACUUUUUGGUCAAUGUCAUAGGCAACGAUAAGCUGAAUGUCCAACAUGGCUUGCUUAACGCUAAAUUCAAGUAGUCACAACAAAUGAUAACAUUUAAAAAGUAUUCAAAAUUGAGUUCAAUUGUCUGAAUAUCUUCAUAGAUCUAGAUCCAGUAUGCUCAUGUACACGUAACUUUGUGAAAUCAUGAAUUUAAGCCAAAGAGCAAAUGAAGAUUACCAACAUCAGUAACUACAUGUGGGACCAUGUAGUAAACAGUUUGAAAUUAUCCCUUUGAAGACUUCAAACAAAUAUAUUAUUAUUAGCUGUCAGGGCAGCAGAUGUAAAUUCUUUUUUAUAUAGACAAGGUAUCGCUUAGGAGAUUAUCCUGUCAUGUGUAGUAAAUAAAAUGAUUACACCCCCCAAAUUAAUAUUUGUGAGUGAACUUGAUCUCUUCAUUUAAAAAAAAUAAUUCCAUAUUUAUUUUAACUGCAGUAUACCAUUGAAUAAGAUUUGUCAUUACUGCAUGGUGAUGUUUGAUAAUGCUGUUUGUAAGUUUCGACACUUUCUGCAUAACUGGUGACACUAUCGUGUGCUUUAAGGGUAACCCCAAUCAUCCAUUUUAACAUAACGGGAGUGCAUUUAGUGUAACCCAAAUCAAACUUUGAAAAAAUUGAAUUUCAAUUCAAGUUCGUGCUAAGAAUUGAAAUUUUAAUCUACAAAGAUUGGAUUUCAAUGGAAGCUAACGGUAAUCAAAGUAAUUGAGAAUCUGAUUUAGCCACCGAGAUGGGAUCACCAGGGUCCCGUCUCAUGAAGACUUGUUAUGAUAACACGUGCACAAUUUCUGUAACAAAUUUACUAUCAGGUAAUCAAAUUGAAGAAUUUCAGUAGCUUUUAACUGUCAUUGCACAUUUUUUAUUAUAACAAGUUUUAUGAAAUGGAGCCCCAGUUGUUUAUCAAGUCCUGUGAAACUUACUAGCAGCUUUGUGAAACACACCCCUUGUAGCUUUGCAGUCAGUGGUCAGUUUCACAAGAAAUCUUUGUUAUGAUUGAAUGUUGAACAGUGGUGUCAUAUAGCUUAUAUAUAUGGCAUGGUUACCACAUUCAAUAUUAGGCAUUGUGCUGAUAUUUUUAUAGUUAAGAUCUAGAUGUUAGUAAUUAUUUGUUCAGGAAAGCCUACAUUCACUCAUCGGUAAAGUAUACUAGUAUUACAUCCCUCCCUCUUUUCAUAAGAGCAUGUACGUCCAUGGUAAGAGAAGGUGAAAAGAGUGAGGAGUGGUAUUUUGGUGUGUAUAUUUUAUGCAAUUAGUAAGUGUAGGGUUUCUGAUCAAAUAAUUUUUAGAUCUAGAGAUGUUUGACAUCUCAGGGGAUACUUUUUUAUCACAUGUACCAAGGCUUCCAACUUAAUGAAUUAAUAUUUAGGGCUUCUUUGCCGUAAUGGUAUAUUCUGUGGUAACCAGGCUCGACAGCUAAUCAAAAAUAAACAUCCCCAUGGAAGUUAUAAUAAUGGCAAAGUAUUAACUUUAUUUUACAUACAAAAUGAGAAUUGCUUAUUUCAUUUGUUUUGUAUGAUAAUAAAGUUUACGUAUAGUUAAAUACACCAAUACAAGGAGCCAGACAACUGUGUUCUAUUUUGUCGAUAACAUUUAUAUAAUUUGGACGUCAUUACAUCUCGCAGGUGAAAAUAUAUAAUAUUGGAUACAAAUACAACACUCAGGAUUAUAGAUUUGAUUACAUAAAAUAUUGAUAUUACUUCUCUCUACCUUACAUCUAAUAUUACUUACAAAUUAUUGUACAAUAAUUGACAAGAUGAUUGAUAAAUACUCUCACUGUGUGUUAAAACAUUCUUGUAUAUGAAAUAUUUGGAAUAGGAUACUACUAAAAAGACAUAUACAUACAUGUACAUCUGAUACAAAAUACAGUAUAUCCUAUAACAAUUUACAAAUCACAUUACUUUUUUUUAUUCCUGUGUAUAAGUCGUAUAUUUUUCAGGGUCUAGAUUUUGUAAAUUUAAAGUUAUUGGUACUUCCAUAAAUGGAUGAAUUAAAUGGUAAUAUACAAUA